UUCUGACUUCAGGUGAUCCGCCCACCUCAGCCUCCCAAAGUGCUGGGAUUACAGGUGUCAGCCACACGCCAGGCUGAGCAUGGAUAUCUGCCCGCCACAUGAGCCCAGGGUCCUGCGGCUCAGAGCUGACUGCUGAGUCUAAGCCCUGGUCUGGCUUCAAGGUCCAAACUCCUUCUACUUCUCUGGGGACUGAGGGAGAGUUUGCUGUACUGAGCCCGCUGGGGCUCUCUGGGCCCAGCCCUGGUAGCUGAGGCCCUGCGGUGCUGCCGCCUCCAGGUUAUCUCCCCGCUGCAGGCACCCACCCAAGGAGCAUCCCAGGGGCCCCAGGGCGGGGGAGGCAAGGAGCUAGGAGGUCCUCACCGCCUGAGCAGAGGCCCCACACCCACGAGGCAUGAGGCUCCCUGGGCUGCUCUGCUUGGCUGUGCUAGCCGCCAGCAGCUUCUCCGAGGUGCAGGAGGAAGAAAUCACCCCUGAGGUCUCCAUUGCCUACAAAGUCCUGGAGGUUUUCCCCAAAGGCCGCCGGGUGCUCAUAACCUGCCAUGCACCGCAGGCACCGCCGCCUGUCACCUACUCCCUCUGUGGAACCAAGAACAUCAAGGUGGCCGAGAAGGUGGCGAAGACCCACGAGCCAACCUCCUUCAGCCUCAACAUCACACUCAAGUCCAGUCCAGACCUGCUCACCUACUUCUGCCGGGCGGCCUCCACCUCGGGUGCCCACGUGGACAGUGCCAGGCUGCAGAUGUACUGGGAACUGUGGUCCAAGCCACUGUCUGAGCUGCAGGCCAACUUCGCUCUGUGGGACAGAGGGUCAGGCCCCAGGGUGGAGGUGUCGUGCCAGGUGUCCUCGGGCAGCCCACCCAUCACCUACAGCCUGGUCGGGAAGGAUGGACAGGUCCACCUGCGGCAGAGACCACGCCACGGGGAGCCUGCCAAUUUCUCCUUCCUACCGAGCCAGACAUCAGACUGGUUCCAGUGCCAGGCUGAAAACAACAUCAGUGUCCAGCACAGCGCCCUCACGCUGGUGCCCCCAGGAGAGUUGCCCGAGGCAGCUGCCAUCGUGCUGGCUGGCAGCCUUGCUUCCAUUGCGGCUGUCACGUCCGGGAUGCUGGGCUGGACCUUGUGGACCAGGUCGUGACCAGAAGAUGCAGGACUGCCAAGGCCUCUGGAGUGCCCAUCCUUGCCUUGCUGCCCUGCAGGAGCACCCACCGUCUGAAGGGGAGCCUGGAGGGUUUUCAGGGUAGGGAAUGGGGAGGUCAGAGGACACAAAGCAGCAGCCAUAUAGAAUGAGCUGUCCAGAGAGCCAAGCACGACAGGACUGUGGACCAUCAGAAUGUACCGUCUGGAUUUCAAAUUCAUGCGAAAUGAGUGUGUUUUAGUGGCUCUUGCCACA